AUGAUUAAUCAGUCGGAUGUUGUUAUAUUUGAACUCAUCGGGUUUCCAGGACUUCCUCCGAGUUACCAUAUCUUGGUUUCCAUAGUGAUGUUCUUUGUCUAUAUGAUGGCCCUGUCUGUAAAUUGUGCUGUCAUGGCGUUGGUUAUUUGGAAGAAGACGUUGCAUCAGCCGAUGUAUAUAUUGAUUGGCAACCUCGCUCUUUCUGAUAUUCUGUUUGACACAAUAACGUUACCCAAGGUCAUUGCCAUGUACUGGUUUGGCGAUAGCUCCAUUACCCUCGUAGGGUGCAUGUUUCAGCUCUUCUUCGUCCAUUACUUGGGCUCCGUUGAUUCUUUCAUCAUCAUGCUAAUGGCUUUGGACCGUUACGUUGCUAUUUGCAGACCUCUCCGAUAUCCCUCCAUUAUCACCAAUAGAUUUACAGCGGGUAUCUGCAGUUUUUCUUGGGUAUUCGCAUCUAUAUACGCUUUUGUUAAUGCCAUCUGGCAUGCUCAGGCUCCGUACUGUGGCUCUAGAAAAAUUAACAAUUGCUUCUGCGUCAAUAUGGCCGUCUCUGCUCUGGCGUGUGGGGAUAUUAUUUUGCUGAAGAAAACAUCCUUCAGCGUUGCAAUGGUUAUCCUUCUACUCCCGUUCUCCUUCAUUUUAUUUUCCUACUUCGUCAUUAUUUUGACCAUCUGUUUAUCGGUUCGACACGAAAACCUCCAGAAAACGUUUUACACGUGCACCACCCAUUUGUUUAUCAUUGCCAUGUACUACGGCCCUCGGGUAUUUGUAUACAUCUCAUUUCUCUUCAAUGUCUCCUUUAGCGUUGAAACGAGCGUCUUGCUUCUCACGCUCUACACUUAUCUUCCACACAUGGCAAAUCCUCUUAUAUACUGCCUGAGGACCAAAGAAAUCAAACAGAUUGUCGGAAAGCUACUCAGAACGAGGUUACGUUUUCAAAUUGAAUGCAGUGUUGUACGCGAGAGAUAA